AUGUGGCGGAGGAGCUUCAGUAGUGACGGCACCGCCGCAACCGCGUUGAAGGACAAGAAAUGGGACGCGCUGGUGAUCGGAGGCGGCCACAACGGCCUCACCGCAGCCACGUACCUCGCACGCGGCGGACUCUCCGUCGCCGUCCUCGAACGCCGCCACGUCAUCGGCGGCGCCGCCGUGACGGAGGAGCUCAUUCCAGGGUUCAAGUUCUCCCGGUGUAGCUACCUCCAGAGCCUCCUCCGUCCCACCAUUAUCAAAGAAUUGGAGCUAGCUCGGCACGGGAUGAAGUUGCUGAAGCGGAGUCCGUCGUCGUUUACGCCGUGUUUGGACGGACGUUAUCUUCUUCUAGGGCAGGACAAGGAUCUCAACCAUUCGGAGAUCGCUAAAUUCUCCAAGCUAGACGCCGAAGCUUAUCCGAGAUAUGAGAAUCAGCUACAGAAGUAUUGUGAGUUUAUGGAUCCUUUGCUGGAUUUAGCUCCUCCAGAAUCUUCGCAAGGCGCCUCAUCGGCUACGUUUGGUGACCGGUUGAAGGAUAAGAUGCACAAGUCCAUGUUCUGGGGUCAGCUUUUGAGACAGGCUGCUGUGUUAGGCCAGAAGGAUAUGGUAGACUUUAUGGACCUUCUGUUAUCCCCGGCCUCGAAGGUUUUGAACAACUGGUUUGAGAGUGAUGUUCUGAAGGCAACCCUCGGAACAGAUGCUGUAAUAGGAGCUAUGGGAAGUGUCCAUACACCUGGUAGUGGAUAUGUUCUGCUACAUCAUGUGAUGGGAGAAACUGGCGGUGAGCGUGGAAUUUGGUCGUAUGUUGAAGGUGGGAUGGGAUCAGUAUCCUUGGCUAUUGGUAAUGCUGCUAGGGAAGCUGGAGUUCAUAUUGUCACAAGUGCGGAGGUUCAGCAAAUGUUGGUUAAUGACUCUGGCAAAGUGGAGGGGGUUUUGCUAUCUGAUGGUUCACGGGUGCACUCCUCAAUUGUUUUAUCAAAUGCAACGCCUUAUAAAACAUUCAAGGAGUUGGUGCCUGAUGACGCUCUUCCGGAUGAUUUUCUACGAGCAAUUAAGUAUUCUGAUUACAGCUCUGCUACUACAAAGAUAAAUAUAGCAGUUGAUCAGUUGCCCCAGUUCAAGAGCUGCAAGCUAAGUUAUCCUAACGCAGGUCCUCAGCAUAUGGGCACCAUUCACAUUGGUACCGAGAGUAUGGAAGAGAUUCACUCGGCCUAUCAAGAUGCAGUUAAUGGAUUACCAUCACAAAGACCAGUUAUAGAGAUGACAAUUCCCUCUGCACUGGACAAAACUAUAUCUCCACCUGGUAAGCAUGUGAUCAACUUGUUCAUUCAAUACACUCCAUACAGUCCAUCAGAUGGACACUGGGGAGAUCAUGUAUACAGAGAAUCUUUUGCAAAAAAGUGUUUCGCCUUAAUUGAUGAAUACGCCCCUGGCUUCAGUUCAUCAGUAAUUGGUUACGACAUGUUGACUCCCCCAGACCUUGAAAGGGAAAUCGGUUUGACAGGAGGAAAUAUCUUCCAUGGUGCUAUGGGAUUGGAUUCACUCUUCCUCAUGCGACCUGUAAAAGGAUGGUCAAAUUAUAGAACACCACUGGCGGGUCUAUAUUUGUGCGGUAGCGGGGCACACCCUGGGGGCGGUGUGAUGGGGGCUUCUGGGCGUAAUGCUGCUCGUGUGGCUCUUGAAGAUGUAAACAAGCCAUUGAAAUGA